AUGAACACAGAGAAAAGACCAUCAACAAGAGGAAGCGUUCGCAUUCCAAGAAUUCCACAACAUUCUAAUUCAUCAUUAUCACGUCAAAAGGAUAUUACUUUACAUGAAAGAACUGGUCGAAUUAAAAUUGUUACUGAAAUAAAAGAAUUAAAGCGUGUUAGAAAGGCUUAUAAUAAAUUCAAUGAGCUAUUUAGUAAAUUUAAUUCAUCAACAGGCGCUGAAAUAGUUGGAAAACAGAUGACAUUAACGUACUCACAGUUUAAGUCCGCAUUUGAUAGUUUUCUAUCUCAUUGCUCUCAGUACUUCAAUUCUUCACCUAACACACGCCGAAUUGGAAGAUAUUCUCCAAUAAUAGACUUUUCGCAAAAAUUACUCAAAGAAUGGUCAUUAUUAGUAAUUGCAAUGAAUCGAUUAUCUUCUUCUUUCCAAAUCCCACAUCAGCAAAAGCUCCAAGAAGAUUUUGACAUGCUUACCGGAAGUAUUACAACAAUUGCGAAAUCAAUUGUUAAUCGUACGUAUUACAAAGACAAUCUCUACUCAUCAUCCAAUGUUUUAAAGUCCGAAAUCACACGCAUUUACCAGCUAAUCUUCAAAACAUUGAACGGCGAUGUUUCCGAAUUCAAUGACGCCAAAUUGGAUUCACUCAGAGAAGAAAUGGUUAUUCUUAAUCGAAACAUAAAUGACAAUUUCGUAUCACAAAUUCCUUCAAAUGUCGCAAAUACACCAGAUUUUCUACGAAUGAGGAGCGCUCUUAAAACUUCUUGUGGACAUGUUAUCUCUUUAUUGGAGGCAGCUCAUUUCUUCGUUCAUAACAUCCAUUCAAUCCUUAACAGAAUGAAGAAACUCGAUGUUACGCUCAGAGAUCUUCUGGAUGAAUUGGACAUUAAAUAUCGCUUGGAUGUCACUCCUAAUGGAGAAGAAGAGCCAAGCGAAGAAGAUGUUGACGAAUCUCCAAUAAAACCAGAGAUUAAAGUUUUGGAAGAUGAACCUUUCGAAGUAACACUUCCUCCUGUUACGAAACCACGUGCUCGUUCAUCAAUAAGAACAAGCGUUGUUAAAAAUUGUAUGCGCGGCACAAUUUAG